CAGCCCUGAGCUGCAGCUCUGGAUCAGCUGUGUUUGGUUGCAGAGGUGCUGAUGCUGCUGCAGCAGAGCUGAGGAAAGAACUACGUGAGCGGUCCCAACAUGACGGGGAGGACAGGUCUUCUCUUCAGCCUCAUCACAGCGGCACUUUUCUGUGGCGUCGCUGCUCAGACAGUCAGAGAGUGUGAAAACGUCACCGUCGGUGAUAUCGUCUUCCUAGUUGAUGGCUCGUCCAGCAUCGAUGAUAAAAGCUUUCAGGACAUCCGCACAUUUCUCCGCAACACCAUCCAGGGCUUUGAAAUCGACCCCGACAAAGUUCAGAUCGGUUUGGUGCAGUACAGCGAUGAUCCUUAUCCGGAGUUCCAGCUGACGGAUCACAGGGACAAGAAUUCCCUGCUGGCUGCAGUGGAAAACCUUACCCACCGAGGAGGCGGCACAGAAACCGGCAAAGCCAUAGACUUCCUCCAGGAGGAGUACUUCACCAAAGAGGCCGGCAGCCGAGCUGACCGCCGUGUGCCUCAGAUUGCUGUGGUCAUCACAGAUGGCGAAUCCACUGAUGACGUAUUGGAACCUGCCAGGAGACUGAGGCAGCACGGUGUCAUCGUGUUCGCCAUCGGGGUCGGAGCGAUCAACCAGGCACAGCUUAUAACCAUCGCUAACUGGCCCUCGGAGCGCUUCGUCCUCACCAGUGACAGCUACCAGAAGCUCCAGGAUCAGACCAACAGCCUGCUGGAAAAUGUCUGUCUCAGUCUGGAGGAUCAGACACUAGCUUUGGUCGACAGGUUUGCAGAUAUUUUCUUCCUGGUGGACAGCGGAAUAGCUUCAAAUCAGUUUACCCUGUUUAGAAAUGAGCUUUUCAGACUGUUGAAUCGACUGGAAGUUGGAGCGUCUGGUUACCGUGUCGGCUUGGCCCAGUACGGUCAGGACGUCAGAGCUGACUUUCGUCUCAGCACUCAUCAAACCAAGCAGCAGAUCGUGGCCGCUGCUCGACGUUUCCGACUGCGUUCACAAACAGGCCAACCACGAAAUCUUGGACAAGCUCUGUCCUACGCUAAAGAGAACUUCUUCACUGCUGAGGCAGGAGGCCGCGCAGAACAGGGAACCCCACAGUAUUUGGUUGUAGUGGCUGGAAAAGACUCGGAUGAUCCUGUGUUUUGGUCUGCUGAAUAUCUGAAAGACGAGGGGGUAACUAUUGUGGGGAUGGACGCAGGUGCGACACAGGAUGCUCUGGACCGCUUUGCCAGCCCUGGCUAUAUCUUUGACUCUUCAAGAGUAACUCUGCUGUUCAGCGUAUUCACGAGCCAGAGAGUGGAGGCUGUCACUGAAGAUUGCAAAACAGCUAACAAGGCAGACAUUGUGUUCAUUGUUGAUGAGUCCGGGAGCAUUGGAGAGGAAAACUUCAGGCUGAUGCGUGACUUCCUGCACUCGGUCAUCAGCAGCCUGGAAACUGGUCCAUCUAAUAUCCGAGUAGGCAUUGUUACAUACAACAAUGAGACAACUGCACACAUCUCCCUCAACUCAUUCAGAGACAAGGCAGACAUUCUGCAGUUCAUCAACUUCCUGCCGUACCGUCAAGGUGGUACAAACACUGGAGCUGCCCUACACUUCACCCUGAAAAACAUCUUCACUGAAGAAAAGGGCAGCAGGAAGGAUGUCCCGAAGGUAGCGGUGGUAAUCACAGGCGGUGAAUCCCAGGAUAAUGUGAAGGAACCUGCAAUCGCUCUCCGUCGAGCUGGUGUCACAGUUUUUGCUGUUGGAAUCAAAGACGCCAAUAAAACCGAACUGCUGGAGAUGGCAUCUUACCCCAUGUUCGUUUUUACUGUGGACAGUUUCAUCAAGCUGAAACCCCUGAAAGAAACUCUGCAGACAACCCUGUGCAAGACCAUCAUCCAGAUCCUGGUCCAGGACAGGGAAAGGGAUGCAGAUGCCAAAGAAGGUUUUAACCUCUUAAACCCCAAGGGUGUUUCUGAGCUUUCUGCUCAAAAAUGUAAUGCCCAAAUGUAAUUGAUUAUUUCUCUGCAAUUAAAAAUUCUGUUGUUGCAUUCUUGGUAUCAAAAUAAAGCUAACACUUGUGAAAUUUAAUCAGAGGUGUAAAUAUUGAAGCAGAUAUUACUGUGUCAAAGUUACUGAGACUGGAACACAGAAAAAGUAAGUAGAUUUUAUCCUCGCCUGUUUGUUUUUUUUUUUAAUUUUAGCAUAUAACCCUUUUAAAAAUAUGCCUCAGUUCAAAUUCCAUUCCAGAAAUUCAGUAACCAACAUAUAAACAUCAUCUGUGCAAAGAUUUAUGUUUCUAAAGUGAAACAGUGAAAAAUUACAGCGCUGUCUAUACAUGAAUAUCCAGACGUUGUACAAAAAUGUCCAAUUUUGGCACACGAUUGGACACCAUGCCAGUUGAUUUUUUUAGGUAUUUAAGAGCAGAAAUUAAUUAAUUUUAUUAACAGGCCUAAAAAUGCUUCUUUUUUUUAAGUUGCCGUUAGUUUUCCCUGAGAAAUGUUAACUUUUGUAGUAGCAUUAUUAAUGCAUUGCUCUGUGUUAAUGUUAGAGGUAUGGAACUCCAAAGUGUUCGAAAUUAAAUAAAUAAAUAGGACAUGAUGAAAUAAAUAACUAUGUGAAUAAAUAAGACAGAGAUAUGUAAUAUGAGAAUGAUAUUGUGAAAUAAUGGAACACAUUUUGAAAACAAGCUCAUUGUUGUUGAGGCUAAGCCUACGCUUGAAGCCAUCGUGACGCGAUGUCAGUGGUAUGCAUGAAUUAAUUAAACAGUCCAAUAAC